CCGGUGAUUUAAAGGGGCCGCAGAAGACUCCGUUGCUUAGCAUACAGAACGUCAAUGCUUUCUAAUCCUUAGCAAAGAAAUAAGACGAAGCUUACUGAAACAGUCGGAAGACGUUCCUUGAACUACAAUCCCAGGGUGCCUUGCGCCCCAGCAGCUGUGUGGCCACCGCGCCUGCGCCCGGUGCAGCCGGUUACUAGCGUCCCGAGGCUGCAGUGUCUGGCGGGUCGCAGAGACCUCGGCCAAGGAUCGACUGUCACUGCGACAGGGGCGCGAGGAAAAGAUGUGGGUUUUUGGUUACGGGUCCCUGAUCUGGAAGGUGGACUUUCCCUACCAGGACAAGCUGGUCGGAUACAUCACAGACUACAGCAGGCGCUUCUGGCAGGGCAGCACGGACCACCGUGGGGUCCCCGGCAAGCCUGGAAGAGUUGUGACUCUUGUGGAAGAUCCUGGGGGUUGUGUAUGGGGUGUUGCUUACAAACUGCCAGCAGGAAAGGAAAAUGAAGUAAAAGCAUACCUUGACUUCAGAGAGAAAGGAGGCUACAGGACCACAACAGUGAAUUUCUACCCAAAAGAUCCCACAACAAAACCAUUCAGUGUGUUGUUAUAUAUUGGAACAUGUGAUAACCCUAAUUAUCUUGGUCCUGCACCACUGGAAGACAUUGCUGAACAAAUUUUUAAUGCAGCUGGUCCAAGUGGAAGAAACACAGAAUAUCUUUUUGAACUUGCAAAUUCUAUGAGGGACCUUGUUCCAGAAGAUGCAGACGAGCAUCUUUUCUCUUUGGAAAAAUUAGUAAAGGAACGCUUGGAGAGAAAACAGAACGUCAACUGCAUAUAAACGCCUAAUCACUGACCUUUUCCAAACAAUACCUUUUAGUCUUCAGAUAAUAAUUUCUAUGUAUAGUGGCAAUAUGAAGUGGAAUGUGUUUACAUGAAUGUCUUAUUAUUUUUAAUGUUGUGGCUAAGGUAUCCUCUAAAUUUAUACCUUAACUGUAGGUAUCUGAAACACAAAGAGGGAAAUUCAAGAUUAAUAUAAUUUCCUAAUUGUAUGAUAUUGAACAGUUACUCAUUAGAAAUCAAUUCUUUAGAAAAUACAGUGAAGGAUUCAGUUCAGCUCUUGUUUUUAUCAGAGUAAAUAUAAUUCAUUUGUUCCAUGUCACAAUAGUAUUUUGAAGUUAUAGAACAUUAAAUGAUCAAUAAAUAAAAUUAUGCCUGCAAAACAAUCCUAUAUGAUUUUAUAACCAUGGUUUAGAAUAUACAAGCUGAAAAUAAUGGAGAUAAAAGCAAUACAGACAAGAUUUCAGCCUUGAUUGUGAAUUUCUUUGUUAUCUGGAUAUUAAAUAAGAUUCAAAUUUAAGCCAAAAGUGGCAUUUUUAACAUAAAAAUGUUCCUUGGAAUAUAAUGUUCUAUAUAGAUCUUUUUUGAAUAAAUGCAUUUUGUUGUGUGGAGGGCAGGGAACUUAUCAAACUAAAGAGCACAAAUUACAUUAUACAAUCACUUGAAUUAAUGAUAUAAUGUCAUUCGUUUAUAUUACUGUUAACACUAAAGCUGAAAAAAAGAUGUUUUUGACAUCACUAAUUAAUGGAAACAAAUAUAUAAGUGGUCAUGGAAAA